AAAUAAAUUGAAAGAAAGGGAAAUUAUUAGAAACAUAAACCCUAGCCGAGCCAAUCCCUCUCCCAUUGCCGCACAAUCUUAUUCGUCAAUCUUCUUCCUUGCUCUCAGGAAUGGAAUCACAGAUCAAACAUGCUGUGGUGGUGAAAGUAAUGGGUAGAACUGGAUCAAGAGGGCAGGUGACUCAAGUGAGAGUCAAGUUUCUGGAUGAUCAGAAUCGUUAUAUUAUGAGGAAUGUCAAGGGACCAGUCAGGGAAGGCGAUAUUCUUACCCUACUUGAGUCCGAGAGGGAAGCUAGAAGGUUACGUUAAUGGAAAAUGCCAUCAUGUUUUUUCCUCUUUUCAAGUGUGGAUUUUAGUAACUAGUUUGCUCCUAGACCUUUGAUUCUGGGGCUGAAUGUGUGAACUAGAUGAGGUAAUUUAAUUGAGUUUUGAUGAGAAUUUGUGGUUUUUUACUUAUUGCUUAAUGAAUGUGAAGGAAUGAUUUUGUGUUACUUUUGUCAUGCAUGGCUGUAUUUGAGUUGAAUGCUAGUUGAAAGGUCUUUUAAUAA